CCCCAAGUCACGCAACUUAGGUUCUGCCAACAUAAACCUGCGUCCUUCAAAAAAAAAAAAAACAUAAACCACUGCGACGUGCAAAGCCUUCGCUCUUUGAGUUCCAUGCCCACCCUUCUGAACCAUUUCUGGUCCGCUGAUAGUGGAAACUUAUUUGUUUUUAUAGAAAUCAAGGCGAACUGAUAUAGCCAGGUAAAACCCCACUCCCUCUUGCUCAAUAAAUUACGGAGUAAUAUAUAGUGAUCCCGUUUUUGUGUGUUUAAGCAUAUGGCAUACAGCCGUCGUUCUUUAUCGUUCCGAUCUAUUUUCUUGUGCAUAAUUUGAUUAAUUUGAGACUGUAUCGAUGUGAUUUGAUAUGUUUUGGGUUCUAUAGGUCUGCAAAAAUUGUAGGUUGAUGAUUUGACAUCCGUUCCCGUUGAAGGACACAGUGUGAUUAUUGUAUAUCCAUGAGCCAAAGAAAAAUUUAAGUGCGAAAUUGAUUCAGAAGGUGGUGGGCAAAACGAUAAAAAUUGGAACUUGAGCAGGAGUGUUUAUAUGAGAGAUGGCACAUUGGCACUGUUAAUCAAAAUGUUCAUGUGACUAUUAUUCUACCUAGAGAAACAGUAAUGCCUUCAUCGAUUGUAGGGGGGUUAUUGCAGGGUAGCUACGUCGGGAGAAAUAAUGAGAUUGAUUCAUUGAUGUAUGGUGAUGUAUAUCGAGGUGUGGGUGCUGAAGAGGAAUUUCUCGAUCCUACCGUGGUUAGGACUAUAAAUUCGAAUGCAGACCAGUUUUUGGGUGACGAAAUGAUUUCUGUGCAUGGGAUUGGAAAUACAGGACAGUUCACAGCUGCACAGCCAGCAUAUAUAAAAGAGAAAGAUGUUAAACACUUCGCUCUGGCUCCAAGAAGUCGUCAAGAGGAAUCAAAAACAGAGGAAGAGGGGGAGUUUUAUGUGUCUGAUCUAGUAUGGGGUAAGGUGAGGAACCAUCCUUGGUGGCCAGGGCAAAUAUUUGAACCUUCUGCUGCAUCACAGGAAGCAACUGAGUAUUUUAAGAGUGACAGCUACCUAAUAGCCUUCUUCGGGGACCAAACAUUUGCAUGGAAUGAAGUGUCACGGAUAAAACCCUUUCGGAUGUACUUCAAUCAAAUGGAGAAACAAUCAUGUAGAGAAGCUUUCUGUCACGCCGUGGAUUGCUCACUGGAUGAGGUCUCAAGAAGAAUUGAGCUUGGCCUGUGCUGCCCAUGUGUGCCAGAGGAAGUGAAAUACAAGUUUAAAUCACAGAUUGUGGUCAAUGCAGGCAUUCGAUUGGGAUCAAGUCACAGGGAUGGUGGUGACCAACUGUCAACCGUGGCUUCUUUUAGGCCUGGAGUGUUUCUUCAACAUCUGAAGUCAAUAGCAAGUUCUCCAUGCUGUGUGGCUGAUAGGCUGGGGUAUGUUGUUGCAAGAUCUCAGCUGCUGGCAUUUAGCCGUUGGAAGGGUUAUUAUGAGCUAACUACAUUUGUGGAGUUUCAUGGGUUGAUGGAAUCUGAUGCUGGAACCAGUUUAAUGCCGAGCCUGGAAAGGGCAGGUCAGUUUUUGAGAGGUGAGUCGGGGUUUUCUCCUGGGGAAGAGAAGUCAAGCAUCAGAGAUACUUCAUUCCUAAAAGGGAAUGACCGUGAGGGUGAAACUGAUAGGUGGGUGAACUUUCUUUGUUCUGAUAAUAAUUCCAAAGAAAGUGGCCUGAGUGAGUUGAGGCCAUCCUUUACAUGUGUGUCAACGGAAGUGCAGUACAAAUCUGAAUCCCAGAUUGCGGUCUGUUCGGGUUUCAAGGCAGAAUCUAGUCAAAGAGAUGACAGUGAGCAACUGUCAGCCAUGGCUUCUUUUAGGCCUCUAGUGCUUCUUCAAUAUUUGAAGUCAUUAGCUCUUUCCCCGCGGGGUGUGACUGAUAGACUGGGAUUUCUAGCAGCAAGAUAUCAGCUGCUAGAGUUCAGUCACUGGAAAGGCAAUUAUGAGCCACCAGCUACAUAUAAAGAGUUUCACGGACUGUUGGGAUUUGAUGCUGGCAGCAAUAUAGCGCUACGACUGGAAGGAACAUCUGCUCCUCCAUUUUUGACUGGCGAUUCCUGUGUCCCAUCUGGGAAAGAGAAACCAACCAUGGGAGAUAGAUCUUCUCGAAAGCGUAGACGACUGUCAAAGAAUACGAAGGGCAUUAGGGGAAAAGAAGAAUUGGUGCAUGGCAACAUUUCAAGUUUACCGGAUGUUGUGAAGGUUGAAACUGAUGACAUGAUAGACAGUAUUUGUUCUGAUACUAAUAAUAACCUCAAUGAAAGAGGUUUGAUAUUGAGUGAGUUGAAACCAAAGAGAAUAGAAGAAUUGUUCCCUACUUUAGAUAAUGUUUUGUUGAAGCUUUCUAUCGCUGCCAAAGAUCCCACUAAUGGAUAUACUAUUUUGGCUCCACUCACUGAGUUUUUCUCUAGCUUAAGGGAUUUCACUUCAUCUGAAAACAACUCCGAGCUAAGAGGUGAUGGUGGAAUUUUGGUAAGAGAGUGUCAUGGAGUCGCCCCAUCCAAUGAUGGAACAACCGAAUCAUCUGUUGUUGAUGGCGUAGAAGAUUCGUACUGGACUAAUAGAAUUGUUCAGGGAAAUCCUGAACAGCUGGUAUUUUGUACACCUGCAGCACAAUAUGAGAAGAAUGUUCCGGUUACUCUUGUUGAUGGACAAUUGAACCUUGAAGAACAUGUUCUCUUUGACACUGAAACUCAAUAUGAGAUGAUUAGUCGCGAUGAUCUACAACGAGAUGCAGAUGGGGAAGCUGAGGAAGACUAUCCAACUGCACUGAUUCUCACAUUUAAAAGCCCGGAGUGUGUUCCGUCAGCAGCAGAUCUGAAUGAAAUGCUUGGUCAAUUUGGGCCUAUUGAUGAGUCUCAGACUGAAGGCACAAAUAAGACGAAGCGUGCAAAAGUUGUGUUCAGGAGGCGCUGUGAUGCUGAAAGUGCUUUCAACGGUGCUGGGACAUUUAGCUUUUUUGGAGCUUCACUAGUCGGUUACCGCCUUGACUACGCUCCGAGGCUGCGCAAAGUCCCUUCUUCAAACCGUGGAAAAAAGAAAGCGGCAAUCAAACAAUAGCAUCCCUACUUUUAGGGAGAUGACUUCAUAGGUUUGUACUUCGUAGUUCUAUUCUUUGCAAUAAUACCAUCUCUGGAGACCAGAGUUUUGUCUGGCUUAGUAACAUUAGUACACACAGGCUGUUUGUUAGCAUUACCUGCUGAGAGUAGAGUAAUAGUAGUCAUAACUAUAAAAAUGGAUUAAAAGCUGAUAGCGAGAUUAAUAUACCUAACUGUAUCUUUUUGCUCCAUAGUUCUGAAUCGCAAG